AUGGACAAUUCUGUGACACGCUCCUGCUGUCCUGAUGUCCCGAUGGCCAGCGGAACCAGAGUCAUGCCCAUCAAUACGGAAGAUGGUGUGGGGGACAGCGAUGAUGGCCAAGCCAUGGGGUGGCAGUGUCAGGAGGAGAAAACAUUCUGCUUGUGGCACAGAAGGGGUGCCGCUGAAGGGGCAGGGCCACAUCUUCCUCUUAACUCUACUGUCCUUUCUAGGUCCUCAAGGCCAUCAUCGUACAAGGUGAUUCUGGGUGCACACAGAGAAGACCUUGCUGAACCAAAUAUUCAGAACAUAGAAGUUUCCAAGCUGUUCUUGGAGCCCUCACAAGCAGAUAUGGCCUUGCUGAAGCUAAAAAGCCCUGCCAUCAUCACUGACAAAGUCAUCCCAGCUUGUCUGCCAACUGCAAAUUACGUCGUUGCUGACCGAACAGAGUGUUAUAUUACGGGCUGGGGUGAAACCCAAGGCACCUCUGGAGCCGGCUUUCUCAAGGAAGCCCAGCUCCCUGUGAUUGAAAAUAAAGUGUGCAAUCGUCUCGAGUAUUUGAACGGAAGGGUCAGAUCGACCGAGCUUUGUGCUGGGCAGUUGUCUGGAGGCACUGAUAGUUGCCAGGGUGACAGUGGAGGACCUCUGGUUUGCUUUGAGAUGGACAAAUACAUUUUACAAGGAGUCACUUCUUGGGGUCUUGGCUGUGCUCGACCCAAUAAGCCUGGUGUUUACGUUCGUGUUUCAAGGUUUGUUACUUGGAUUGAAGGAGUAAUGAAAAAUAAUUAAUUGGAUGGGUGACACAGUGAACCAUCAACUUAUCUAGAGACUGGAACAUGGGUAGGGAAUUUAGGAUGUUCAGAAAUAAUUGACAAUAAUCAAACUAGGACACUGUACUUGGCUACCAUCUACUGCCAAACCUCAACAUUUUUUUGGUAUUAUUGUGGAUAAAUUUUUUCCCGUCCAUGCAUUGCUAGAUUCUGUAACGAUAAGGCAAUACGGCUGUGACGUCUGUCAAAAAUAAACUCUGUAAACUCUAUA